CCGCGUUCCACUCAGGAGGGGUAGAUGGUGUGCUCAGUUGUGCCUGUCUUGAGUGCUUUUAAACGGGGAUUCUUCCCCCUCCACACUCGUACAUUUCUCUCACCGAAAUGUCAAUCUCUGCGAGUGCCACCCCAGAGCAACGACCCCCGACAACGGACGACUUAAGUCGGCCCAUCUCUUUACUGUCUUCUAUCGGCAAAGGAAAUUCUUAUUUGCCCGCUGAUGGUGACCUAGUGGAUGAGGAUGAGGAACAGUUCACAUGGACAAAGACCAUCUUUCGUCGAAAGCAGAUGGUCCCCCUUGAUCCUGAUGCAAUCGCGACCAGACGCUCUGUUUUUGAUGAUCCUGACCUCGCUCCACACUAUUGGCCCAAGAAGGACUACGAGAAUCUCCAUAGAUUUGACCCAACCGCUCGUUGGACGUACAGGGAGGAAAGGGCUCUGGUUCGCAAGCUGGAUUGGAAGAUUAUGGCUAUGGCGGCUAUAGGAUUUUCCGCCUUGAACCUUGACAGGAGCAACAUCAACCAGGCAAACUCGGGCACCUUUUUGCAGGAUCUUAAAUUGACUACAAACGACUUCAACCUCGGAAAUACCGUAUUCAAGUUGGCAUUCUUGUGCGCAGAACUACCGUCACAGCUUAUCUCGAAGCGAGUUGGACCGGAUCGGUGGAUACCAACGCAAAUCUGUCUCUGGAGUCUCGUGGCUCUGUCACAAUUCUGGCUGACCGGUAGAACCUCAUUCCUGGUCUGCCGAGCGCUACUUGGCGGCCUGCAAGGCGGCUUUAUCCCUGACCUGAUAUUAUAUCUAUCUUAUUUUUAUACGAAGACGGAGUUACCCAUACGCCUCGCCAUCUUCUGGAUGUCUUUGAAUCUCUGCAGUAUCAUUGCUAGUUUCCUGGCAUAUGGCACGCUUCACAUGAACGGUGUGGCUGGCCAGGCUGGGUGGCGGUGGUUGUUUAUGAUUGAAGGCAUCAUCACUCUCCUCAUAGGAAUCUUCAGUUUUUUCCGUAUGCCUCCAUCGCCAACUCAGACCAAAACAUGGUUCCGGCCCAAUGGUUGGUUCACGGAAAGAGAAGAAAUUAUUAUUGUCAAUCGAGUGAUUCGAGAUGAUCCCACUAAGGGUGACAUGCACAACCGUGAGGGCCUUACAUUGCGUCGUCUGUGGACAGCAAUGUGUGAUUAUGACCUUUGGCCAGUUUACCUUCUCGGCCUCAUGUUUGGUAUCCCGACCGCUCCCCCCUUGACUUACCUCACUUUACUUCUUCGGAACAUCGGAUUCAAUACAUUUAAUACCAACCUCCUUACGAUACCCUCUCAGGCUCUCGGGAUGGUCACCAUGUUUUUGAUCACGCUUGUCUCAGAGUCUGUCAACGAGCGUUCUAUUGUGUCGAUGAUGGAAGACCUCUGGGCAUUGCCUUUCCUCGUUGCACUCUAUGCAUUGCCUAGCAACCCUAACCCUUGGAUAUUUUUUGCCGUGGUGACUGGUCUAUUGUCAUAUCCAUAUAGCCAUCCAAUCCAGGUGGGAUGGUGCUCUCGUAACGCUGGGGCAGUAGCAAGUCGCACAGUUAACGCGUCUUUAUACAACAUGUUCGUGCAAGCCAGCGGAAUCAUAUCCUCGCAGAUCUACGUGGCCAGCGAUGCUCCCAGAUACCACCGAGGCAACAGGAUCCUCAUCAUCAUCUGCACCGUUAACGUCUGCAUCUUAUACCCAGCUACAAAGGCAUAUUAUAUCUGGCGCAACCGACAACGAGCUAAGAUUUGGGAUGUGAUGACGCCAGAGGAACGUGCGCAUUACCUGAGCACUACUAAGGAUGUCGGGAACAGAAGACUUGAUUUCCGUUUUGCACAUUGAUCUUAUGUGUAAAUUUGCAGCUUUCCCAAAGUUCAGUAUUUGCAAGCGAUAUAUUCAGAGAAAUGGUACAUGAAAUAAACUAGGAAUAAAAACACAUCGA